CCGCGCGCUCUCGCCGCCGUCGCCAGGCUGGAGCGGGAGCCGGAGCGGAGCCAGGGCCGGGGCCAGAGCGGGUGGAAUGGAGCCCCCGCGCGCGCCCGCUCUGCGCCGCCUGCUGCCGUCGCUGCUGCUCCUGCUGCUGCCGCUGCCCCCCCGCGCCCGGGCCAAGUACGUGCGGGGCAACCUCAGCUCCAAGGAGGACUGGGUGUUCCUGACGAGAUUUUGCUUCCUCUCGGAUUACGGCCGACUGGACUUCCGUUUCCGAUACCCUGAGGCCAAGUGCUGUCAGAACAUCCUCCUCUAUUUCGAUGACCCAUCGCAGUGGCCGGCCGUGUACAAGGCAGGGGAUAAGGACUGCCUGGCCAAGGAGUCAGUGAUCAGGCCAGAGAACAACCAGGUCAUCAACCUCACCACCCAGUAUGCCUGGUCAGGCUGUCAGGUGGUGUCAGAGGAGGGAACUCGCUACCUGAGCUGCUCUAGUGGCCGAAGCUUCCGCUCAGUGCGUGAAAGGUGGUGGUACAUCGCCCUCAGCAAGUGUGGGGGAGAUGGACUGCAGCUGGAGUAUGAGAUGGUCCUCACCAACGGCAAGUCCUUCUGGACACGGCAUUUUUCUGCCGAUGAGUUUGGGAUCCUGGAGACAGACGUGACUUUCCUCCUCAUCUUCAUCCUCAUCUUCUUCCUCUCCUGCUACUUUGGAUAUUUGCUGAAAGGUCGUCAAUUGCUCCACACAACUUAUAAAAUGUUCAUGGCUGCAGCAGGAGUGGAGGUCCUGAGCCUCCUGUUUUUCUGCAUCUACUGGGGCCAGUAUGCCACUGAUGGCAUUGGCAACGAGAGUCUGAAGAUUGUGGCCAAGCUGCUCUUCUCCUCCAGCUUCCUCAUCUUCCUGCUGAUGCUCAUCCUUCUGGGGAAGGGAUUCACAGUGACCCGGGGCCGCAUCAGCCACUCGGGCUCAGUGAAGUUGUCUGUCUACAUGACCCUGUACACUCUCACCCAUGUGGUGCUGCUCAUCUACGAGGCUGAGUUCUUUGACCCAGGCCAGGUACUGUACACAUAUGAGUCGCCAGCAGGAUACGGGCUCAUCGGGCUGCAGGUGGCGGCUUAUGUGUGGUUCUGCUACGCCGUGCUGGUCUCCUUGCGCCACUUCCCAGAGAAGCAGCCCUUUUACGUACCCUUCUUUGCUGCCUACACCCUCUGGUUCUUUGCAGUUCCAGUCAUGGCCCUGAUUGCCAACUUUGGGAUCCCAAAGUGGGCCCGGGAGAAGAUCGUCAAUGGCAUUCAGCUGGGGAUCCAUUUGUAUGCCCAUGGCGUGUUCCUGAUCAUGACACGCCCUUCGGCGGCCAACAAGAACUUCCCGUACCACGUGCGCACGUCGCAGAUCGCCUCAGCCGGAGCCCCGGGCCCGGGAGGGAGCCAAUCAGCAGACAAGGCCUUCCCGCAGCACGUCUAUGGGAACGUGACGUUCAUCAGCGACUCGGUGCCCAACUUCACGGAGCUCUUCUCCAUCCCCCCGCCCGCCUCCUCUGUAAGCCCCGCGCCCCCGGCGCCCGAGGAGCUGCUGGCGCCGCCCCUGGAGUACCUGACCCCGCUCCCGGCCCCUCCACCACCCUCCAUACCCCGGCGCCUGAGCCCACCCCCUGCUUUUCGCACCCCCCGCGCCCCAACGCCGCGCCGCGACCGUUCCCCGGCGCCUGCGCCCACCCUGCCGGACUGGGUCCUGGCGCUGUUGCGCACGCCCCCUCAGACGCCCCGCGCGGUGCCCCCGCCGCCGGCCUUCCGCGGUUCUCCCUACCCUCCCCGGCCGCCGCCGGAGUUCGCCCACCGCACCCCGACGCCGCCCCUUGAGUACCUGGCCCCCCUGCCCAGGCGCCCCUGACUAACACCUGUGCUCACACCUUGGGGGGGGGUCAUCCAGAGGGAGGGGGGCGGGCCUUCGGGGCCGCAUCUGCCCCCCGUGGGUCCUGGACGGCCUCUGACCCUGACCCCCCUCCCAGGCCGGGAAGCAGGUGGAGGAGACAGCGGUGGCGGCGGCGGCCCCGAGGGGCCGCGUGGUGACAAUGGCCGAGCCGGGCGCGGCCUCCCCGCCCCCUCCCUCUCGGUUCCCCAAGGCGGUCGACCCGAUCUGGGAUGGCCCGACGCCGCCCUACCAGCCGCUCGUGCCUCAGACAGCGGCGCCGCACACUGGCUUCACCGAAUACUUCAGCAUGCACACGGCCGGGGGCAAUGCACCCCCGGUCUGAGCACCCCUGCCCUCCCCUGCCCAAUGGGCCGCGCGCCGGGCCCAGGCCGGGCUCCAGAUCCCCACUCUAUCCCGGCCCCAGGGCUCUGCCAUCCAGGCCAUCCCAAACCUCCCCACCCAACGCGCCCAUGUGCGUAAUAUCCUCCCACCCCUUCCCCGACUCUUGUGCCAAACGGUCCCGCGGGAGCCGCUCUCCCCGUCCCCUCCCUUAGCCCCUGCCCCGAGCGGCACCGGAUUCUGGGCUCCCGCUGUUCCGUGACCUCCGGCCCCCGGGCCCCCUACGAGACCUCUGACCCUGCUGGACCCCAGAACGAUCCAGGGAUCCUGCCUGUGAUUCUCCAGGACUCCACGACCCCAAGCCACUGCUCCCAGGACGGAUAUUGUGAAGCUAGUCUCCAUCUCUGUGACCUUGGACCCCUACUCUUUCCACCCUAUCUCCAUCCCAGAGGCCCUCCCUCAGGUCCCUGGCAGAAAGACUUUUUCCCCUUCUUGCCAAAAUAAAGAAGAUUCUUUGUUUUUAUCUA